AUGAGUUUAAUAAACAGAGGCGCUAAUAAGCUGCUGGGCGUAGUGCAGCGGUCGAGCCGCAGCCCGCUGGUGCAGUGGGUGCUGCGGGCGCUGGCGCUGGCCCAGGCCAUCUCCCCCGCUGGGUGGCCGCACCAAUAUCACCUGAAAUAUGGCAUGAAGUUUGACUUCGUAGUGGUGGGCGCGGGGUCGGCGGGCGCGGUGGUGGCGGCCCGGCUUAGCGAGCUGCCUCACGUCAACGUGCUGCUGCUAGAGGCCGGGGGGGACCCGCCACCCGCCAGUGUGAUUCCUAGCCUCUUCGCGUUCCUUCCGCACACCGAGUACGACUGGGACUACGAAGGUACUUUGGACGAAGGAGUGGGGCGGAGCCACCGCGGGGCCAAAAUAUUUAUGACUCGGGGCAAGAUGCUGGGCGGAUGCUCGUCCAACAACUACGAGGUGUACGCCAGGGGAGCGCCCGCCGACUACGACGAGUGGAGCACCGUGGCGCCGGGCUGGGGCUGGGAAUCCGUCCUGCCGUACUUCAAGAAGUUCGAGUGCAUGACGGACCCGGUGGUGCUGCGCUCCCUGAACGCCGACCUGCACUCCACGCACGGACCGGUCAAAGUAUCCAGGCCGAAGCAAAACAUUUACUUCGAAAAAUUACAUAAUAUAUUCCUAGAAUCGUUCCGGGAACUCGGUAUAAGAACUACGCUCGAAAUGAACGGCUACGAGACGUUGGGAGCGACCACGCCGCACUUCACAUUCGCUAACGGAAGGAGAUCGAGCACGGCAGAAUCGUACUUGAGACCGACUAGACCCAACUUGCACGUCGCCAAAUAUGCGCGAGUCGUUAAAAUACUAGUAGACCCCGUAACGGCCAAAGCUUUUGGCGUGAAGGUUUUAGUAGGUGGUAAAAUAUUAAAUAUUUAUGCCACUAAAGAGGUCAUCGUGUCCGCCGGUGCUAUCGACACGCCCAAGCUCCUCAUGCUGUCCGGCAUCGGUCCCAGGAGGGAUCUGGAGAAGAUGCGCAUAAAUGUAGUCGCCGACCUCCCGGUCGGUAAAAAUUUGCAGGAUCAUCAAUUCGUCCCGCUGGCGAUCACAGGAAAGGGGCUCCUCUCUGUCGUCGAAAACUUACUCAUUCCUACCGAAUUGGAUGCGUUUCCGUCGCCGAUGCAAAACGUUUUCUUCAGAUUGAAUAACUCGCGAUCCAGGGACUGGAAUAGGCCGGAGUAUCAAAUUUUCAGCAAUUUCGUCGGAGCUGGGGCGGCGCCCGCCGUUUUCGUCGGAUGCCAAAGUCUCAACAACUACGACAAGCCCCUCUGCCUGUCGCUGAGCAAGGCCAACCUCGGCCAGCAGAUCAACCUGCUGUUCCUGAUCAUGUUGCACCCGGAAUCCCGCGGACAAAUAAAGCUGAGGAGCCCAGCGUACGCCGACGACCCGAUCAUAGAGCUGGGGUACUACAGGAACAGGAGGGACGUGGAGACCCACGUUCGCGGACUGGAGUUCAUCACGCGGCUCGUCGACACGUCUUACUAUCGAAAAAUGGGUGGGGAAAUCGUUAAGCUGGACGUGAGAGCGUGCGAGGACCUGGUGUGGGGGACCCGGGAGUACUGGCGGUGCUACGUGUUGAACACGGUGACGACGCUGUACCACCCCGCGGGCUCGUGCCCCAUGGGCCGGACGGGGGUGGUGGACGAGCGGCUGCGCGUGUACGGGGUGCGCGGCCUGAGGGUCGCGGACGCCUCCAUCAUGCCCACCCUGCCCAGCGGCAACCUCAACGCCCCCACCAUGAUGAUCGGCGAGAAGGCGGCGGAUAUGAUAAAGGAGGAUCAUGGGUACCGAUCGAGCUGGAACCCGCUGGUGCAGUGGACGCUGCGGACGCUGGCGCUGGCCCAGGCCAUCUCCCCCGCAGGCCCAUGUAUCCACCUCGUUUCAGAUGGUGUAAAGUUUGACUUCAUAGUGGUGGGCGCGGGGUCAGCAGGCGCGGUGGUGGCUGCCCGGCUGAGCGAGCUGCCCCACAUCUCAGUGCUACUCCUAGAAGCCGGGGGGGAUCCACCGCCUGCCAGCGUGGCCCCCAGCCUAUUCGGCAUCCUCGCACACACCAAGCAGGACUGGGACUACAAAGCCUAUUUGGACCAAGGAGUAGGCCAAAGUCAUCCCUAUAGAACAAUAUUCAUGACUCGGGGCAAGAUGCUGGGCGGAUGCUCGUCCAACAACUACGAGGUGUACUCCAGGGGAGCGCCCGCCGACUACGACGAGUGGAGCACCGUGGCGCCGGGCUGGGGCUGGGACUCCGUCCUGCCGUACUUCAAGAAGUUCGAGUGCAUGACGGAUCCAGAAGUUAUGAGCUCCCCAGACGCCGACCUGCACUCCACGCGAGGGCCGGUUAAAAUAUCCAGACCGAAACCGAAUCACUACUUUCAAAAAUUGAACGAUAUAUUUCUAGAAUCACUCCGCGAACUCGGCAUUAAAACUGUCUUGGAAAUGAAUGGCCACGAUACACUAGGAGCCACCACGCCUCAUUUCACGUUCGCCGACGGAAGGAGAUCGAGCACGGCAGAAGCGUACUUGAGAACGACUAGAUCCAACCUGCACGUCGCCAAACAUGCGCGAGCUGUUAAAAUACUGAUAGAUGCCCGAACGGCCAAAGCUUAUGGCGUUCAAGUCGCGGCUAAUAAUAAAAUGUACAACAUUUAUGUCGACAAAGAAGUGAUCGUCUCCGCCGGAACCAUCGACACGCCCAAGCUGCUCAUGCUGUCCGGCAUCGGCCCCAGGAGGGACUUGGAGCGGCUGCACAUAGAGGUAGUCGCCGACCUCCCCGUCGGUAAAAAUUUACAAGAUCACCAAAUAACACCCCUUACGAUUACAGGCAAGAAAGGUCUCGUGUCCGCGGUCCAAAAUGUACUAAUUUCUACCGAACUGGACGCGUACCCGGUACCGUUACAGAAUGCGUUCUUUAGACUUAAUAACUCCCGGCAGGAAGAUUUGGAAAGACCGGAGUACCAAAUAUUUAACCUUUUCAUAGGGGCGGGGGUGUCCCCAGGAGUUUUUAUGGGCUGCACGAGUAUCACCAACUACGACAAAUCCUACUGCCUGUCCAUGAGCCAAUCUAACCUCAAUCACGAGGUGGACUCUCUGUCGCUCAUCCUGCUCCACCCGGAGUCGCGAGGACAAGUCAGACUGAAGAGUCGCGACUACCUGGACGACCCGAUCAUAGAGCUGGGGUACUACAGAAGCAGGAGAGACGUGGAGACCACAUUGCGGGGGCUUGAAUUUGUCACUCUGCUGGUGAAAACGUCGUACUACCGCCAGGUGGGCGGGGAGAUCGUGAAGCUGAACGUCAAGGCGUGCGAGCAUCUGCCGUGGGGCAGCAAGGAGUACUGGAGGUGCUACAUCGUCAACACGGUGACGUCCAUCCUGCACCCGGUCGGCACCUGCCCCAUGGGGAGGCCCGGGGUGGUGGACGAGCGGCUCCGGGUGUACGGGGUGCGGGGCCUGAGAAUUGCGGACGCGUCCAUCAUGCCCACCAUCCCCAGCGGCAACACCAACGCCCCCACCAUGAUGAUCGGCGAGAAAGCCGCCGACAUGAUCAAGGAGGAUCACGGGUAUAUCGACAAAUUAUACUCCUAAUAGGAAUACAAGUGGUUAU